AUGUCUCACGAAAAAUCAUCUCCAUCAACCUUCCACCACACUCCCGGAUCAUUCGAACCCAUCAAUCCUGCAUCCGAAGCCGGUCCCUCAUCCUCCCGCCAAAACCACCUCGAUACAUUGUCCGACGCCAAUUCCCCCCAUCACAACCACGAUGACGACUCCACUCCUCCCGCCUAUUCCGCCGCCCUCUCUCCUCCCAUCCUCCUCCGCUCUAACCCCCAGCUCCGCUCCCCCGGCAUCCCAAAUCUCCCCUAUAACCUGUAUCUCCCUCCUUCAUUCACGCUCUCGAGCGAUAAAACAACUAUCACUUCUUCCUCGGCGCAUUUAUCUAAUCCCGGGACUCUCCUUCCCUUGAUCACUUCUCUGUGUACUAUCCCCCCAAAACCUAUGUUGAGAAUUGUGGGCCAGCGAAUGCAUGCUCCGGCCCCGGAUUUCGAUAUUAGGAUUAAUCUAAUGUGUUUGAUUGUUGGGGAAGGAGAGCGAAAAAUGAACUACAUGAAAAUUCUUGGGAGAGGUGAAAUGGGAUGGAGGGGGGGUGUGAGAGAGGCGACGGAGCCUGAUUUUGGGGGGCAAGGGGGUAAGGGGCUAGAGGGAUGGGUUAGAGCAUUUUGUGGAGAUGAAGCGGGCGUGAAGGAAUUCAUACUAACACGUCAAAUCCCCAAUCUCUCGACUACACAUCUCCAGGGUCUUAUACUUGCCCUCAUAGCUCAGACAGGAUAUCCAGGACACACCACCAUCAGCUUCCCAAUUACGCAUUCGAAAGUUGUGGUAAGACCUCCAGACCGAGUAAACUCGUUUUUUAGUAGCAUGGCGAAGGUUUUUAUGGGGACGAAGAGAUAUGAGGUUGUUAGUAGUGUGUGGCCGUUUGCAGAUGUGGGGAGAGGGAUCGAGGGAAGGAGGUGUGUAGUUAUGGGGGAGGAAGAGUGGUUUGAUGAGUGGAAAAAUGUUAUUGGAAGGGCGGUUGUAAAAGGGAAGAAAGGAUGGGUAACAGUUGAGGAUCGAUUGGAGUGGUUAAUGGAGGGACAGGGGAAUGUUGAGCAAUGGCAAUGGAAUGGGCAAGGGUAUUGA